AAGAAAAUCUCUGAUGGAUUCUUGACCAUGAGGUCAAAUAACAAAAGCAUCUUCAAAGUAGCGUCUCGAUAACUUUGGUUUUAGGUGGAAGGUGUCGAGGGCUUUCUUCUCAAAUUCUUGCAUAAAUAUAUUUCCGAUGAUUGGUGAUAAUGGAGAACGCAUAGUUGUUCCUGGCAUUUCAUAAAUUUGACCGUUACCAGAAAAAUAUGUUUCAGUCCCUGUAUAUGCUAAUUUUGUUUUACUGUAAUUACCGAACUACGCCACUGGCGCCGCCGGUUUUAAAUAUACACCGUAUACGUUUUUAUUCAAUAGCGUUCGCAGUCUGCUCGCUUUUCUUUGUAAAUUUUAGGUUUGGUCUUUUUUUCGACGCUCAACGGAGAGUAUUUUGUCUUUUUUUCAAAUAUUGGCAGCGUCCAUAAUAAAGCAGGCGCGCUUAUUUUUAGAUGUUAUAUCGGUGUACACGCCUCCAAAUCGCGACAAUAACAUAAUAUUUCGUUCAGUUUUCCGCGAAAAAUUCCCGCGUUAUGGAGUUCGCCGCUAACAUUUACAGAAAAUAUAUUCAAAAUGAUUCUAACUCGCAACAAAGCUGUACCCGGCCCCCGCCCUUGGAAAAAGCGAACUUCGAUGUAGAUUUGGCCAAUUUUUGCCAAACUCGAAGAUCAGUCUUGAAAGAAUUCGAUCCUCUCUACCCCGCAAGCCCAUGCACUAAAGUAAAUGUUGAGAACGAAAGUGGGGACCAAACUAAAGACAAAUUGGAAACAUUUCCUAUGGUGAGUAUCACGCCAAAUACAGAAUUACCGAUAUCAAACCAAGUAGAGGUCAAAUCCGGUGCAAAUGCCGCAGCGAAUUUAACUCCCACAUUAGUUGAAGAUGAGAAGACCUCCACGGAGCAAUCAAGCAGUGAUUUAAAACCAAUUCCAGAACCUACUGCGACAAAUACUAUUGGGGAGUGUAAAAAACCAAUCGUAAAUGCUGAGAACGAAAGUGAGGCCCGAUCUAAAGACAAAUUAGCAGCAUCUGGCACCGUGAGUAUCACUGCACAUGAAGAAUUACCGGAAUCAAACCAAGUGGAGGUCGAGUCCGGCGCAGAUACCGCACCGAAUUUAACUCGCCUAUUAGUUGAGGAUGAGACCUCUUCGGGGCCAUCAGGUAGUGAUACCCUAGGGGAGUGUAGAACAACAAUCGUGGAAGCUGAGAAGGCAAGUGGCAACCGACUUAAAUACAAAGUAGAGACAUCUGCUAAAGUGAGUAUGACGCUAAAUGAAGAACUACUGAAAUCAAACCAAGUAGAGGUCCAGUCCGGGGUAGAUACCGCGGUGCAUUUAACUCGCAUAUUAGUUGAGGAUGAGACCAGCAAGAGCAAGCGAGAGACGGAGCAAUCAGGCAUUAAUUUGAAACCAAUAUCUGAGGCUUCUGCGGCAAAUGCUAUUGGGGAGUAUAAAAAAACAACCGUGAAUGCCGAUAAUGAACGUGAGGAUCAAUCUAAAGACAAAUUAGAAAUAUCUGCCACCGUGAGUAUCACUGCACAUGAAGAAUUACCGGAAUCAAACCAAGUGGAGGUCGAGUCCGGCGUAGAUACCGUAGUGAAUUUAACUCGCGUAUUAGUUGAGGAUGAGAUCUCCUCGGAGCCAUCAGGUAGUGAUACCCUAGGGGAGUGUACAAUCGUAGAAGCUGAGAACGCAAGUGGCAACCGACUUAAAUACAAAGUAGAGACAUCUGCUAAACUGAUCCUCGACGAGUACGAGAAGCGGAUUGCAGAGCAGACCAAGCAAUUGGAAACGUUGAUGUCAGAGAAGCAAGCGACAGCUAAGCAAUUUUCUAACCUCGAGUUGGCCUUUUCUGAUGUCUUCACAAGGUACGAAAAAUUGAAAGUGAUUAUAGACAAAUAUAAGAGCAACGAGAAUAUUCUGAAAUUGAACUUGCAGAGCUCCGAGCAAGCGCUGAAGUUAUGGGAAGAGAAAUACCAAAAGCUAAAGAAAUGUUCGGGUGAUGAGGUUUCUCGAAUCGCAUUGGAGAAGGAGAACAUAACUAAAGAACACGAGGAAUUGCACACGUCCCUGAGGGCGAUGAUUAAGCUGCUCGAGAUCAAAUGCUCUUCCCUGGAGACGGCGCUGAUGCAAAAGACGCGAGAGUGUCGAGAGUUGGAGGCCUUAUGUAACGACAUGUCACGCACUCUAGGGUAUCACUACCUGAUGGCUCCGAAGAGGUCUCAUCCUCAACUAAUACGCGAGUUAAAUGCACCGCGGCAUCUACGCCGGACUGGACCUCUACUUGGUUUGAUUUCGGUAGUUCUUCAUUUAGCGUCAUACUCACUUUAGCAGAUGUCUCUACUUUGUAUUUAAGUCGGUUGCCACUUGCGUUCUCAGCUUCUACGAUUGUACACUCCCCUAGGGUAUCACUACCUGAUGGCUCCGAGGAGAUCUCAUCCUCAACUAAUACGCGAGUUAAAUUCACUACGGUAUCUACGCCGGACUCGACCUCCACUUGGUUUGAUUCCGGUAAUUCUUCAUGUGCAGUGAUACUCACGGUGGCAGAUAUUUCUAAUUUGUCUUUAGAUUGAUCCUCACGUUCAUUAUCGGCAUUCACGGUUGUUUUUUUAUACUCCCCAAUAGCAUUUGCCGCAGAAGCCUCAGAUAUUGGUUUCAAAUUAAUGCCUGAUUGCUCCGUCUCUCGCUUGCUCUUGCUGGUCUCAUCCUCAACUAAUAUGCGAGUUAAAUGCACCGCGGUAUCUACCCCGGACUGGACCUCUACUUGGUUUGAUUUCAGUAGUUCUUCAUUUAGCGUCAUACUCACUUUAGCAGAUGUCUCUACUUUGUAUUUAAGUCGGUUGCCACUUGCCUUCUCAGCUUCCACGAUUGUUGUUCUACACUCCCCUAGGGUAUCACUACCUGAUGGCUCCGAAGAGGUCUCAUCCUCAACUAAUACGCGAGUUAAAUUCGGUGCGGUAUCUGCGCCGGACUCGACCUCCACUUGGUUUGAUUCCGGUAAUUCUUCAUGUGCAGUGAUACUCACGGUGGCAGAUGCUUCUAAUUUGUCUUUAGAUCGGGCCUCACUUUCGUUCUCAGCAUUUACGAUUGGUUUUUUACACUCCCCAAUAGUAUUUGUCGCAGUAGGUUCCGGAAUUGGUUUUAAAUCACUGCUUGAUUGCUCCGAGAAGGUCUUCUCAUCUUCAACUAAUGUGGGAGUUAAAUUCGCUGCGGCAUCUGCACCGGAUUUGACCUCUACUUGGUUUGAUAUCGGUAAUUCUGUAUUUGGCGUGAUGCUCACCAUAGGAAAUGUUUCCAAUUUGUCUCUAGUUUGGUCCCCGCUUUCGUUCCCAACAUUUACGACUUUAGUGCAUGGGCUAAAAAAACAGGUCUUUGGAAAAAUGUUUUUUCACUUGUCAACUAAAAUUGGAAUUUUUUAUUAUGGAUCCAUGGAAGUGGUGAAUAUUUAAUACUUGGACCUAUCUAUGGCGAAAAUAUAUUAUACAGGGUGGUCACAAAUGGAAAACUUUUAUUUAUAUAGCUUUUAUUACAAAAAAUGGUAGUUUGGAAGUUAUGGCCAGUUUUCUGCAACAACUCAUAACAUAACAACAUAAAAGUUUUUUUAUUAAAUAUGAAUUACUUAAAUUGAAUACAAAAUCGACAAAUAAUGCUGGUAAAUAGAACUUAUUACUGAGAAAACGUUUUCUAACCCCCCGAACCGGCGUCUUAUUUUUACAAGAUAUCCAUGGAAAAAAAGAACUAAUAAAAUAGUUGCUUACCUGAACAGAAGUGCCCAGUUUUUAUUUAACCUUUAUUUGUUACCAACUUUAAGAAAAAAUUGAAUUUUACAGUGUCGAACAACUUUUAUAUCUUCGUGAGUAAUAAUAAGAGUCCAGCAUUAUGCCUAAGAGAAUAUAGCUUGCUGUAUCCUGCAAGAUGGGUACCCAUGAAACAUAUUUGUUCACGAAUUGUUCGUUAUCUUGAACAUGGAGUGAUAAUCAAUAAUCGAAUAAAAAAUAGUAUAUUAUACAAUAGGUGCGAUAAACGGCAUUUGACUCACGAGUUUAUUUGACACGAGCGGAGCGAGUAUUUAAAAAACGAGUGACUUAAAAACUUUACCGAACGUGUUGCAUACUAUACUUUUUCUACGACCGUUAGUUUUUGGUCAAAUUUUCGCAAAACACGAAUAUAUUCACUUACAUGAUAGUCAGAAUUGACAAACGUCAAAAUUCAAAGCGUGGAAAAUAUCUCCGAAAACAUCCGAUUGCUCCCAAAUUCGUACGGUAAAAACCCGAAACGAAACUGACUUGGUAAAGUGACGCUUCCCGCACGCUAGAUCGGUGGGUAAUUAGGUAUUUUACAGACGGGAGUAGAAAAAAGAAAUUAAGAAACAGGCUCUGAGAAGUGUUUAUGUGUGGUAAUCGAAUAAUAGGCCCAGUAUUUUAUAUAAUCUGUCGCAGUGCGUGUUAGAAAAUAAAAUGAGAAUUCGGAAAGAGGUAGAAAGACUUAAUGCAACAGACGCGGUUAGAAAUGCUAUUGCGAAAAUGGAAACCAUAUGCCAACGAUGGAGGGAGGUUAUCUAAAAAAUGUUUUGUAAUUAGUAAUAAGUUUUAUUUACUUGCAUUACUUGUUGAUUUUAUAUUAAAAUUAAGUAAUAAAUGUGUAAAACACUUAGGAUAAUAUAUUAUAAUAAAAUACACGAGUUGUAGAAAAAUGGCCAUAACUUUUAAACUAGCAAGCUAUAUAUGUAUAUGAAAUGAUACAGAAUUAAAUACCAAGCCCAAU